UUGAUUGUAUUUAUUUAUUUUUUUACAGGCAAAGAAGUGGUGAAAAGGUGGACUAAUCUCCGAGAUUGCUUCGAAAAAUCGAAAAAAGAUGACAAAUCUGCUAAAAAAAGUGGAUCUGGGGCUAAAAAACGUAAGAAAUAUGUGUUUUCAGACCAACUUCAAUUUUUGAAUAAGAUCUACACCGAAAAAGAAACGGUAGACAGCUUCAACCCAGAAAUUGUACCAGGAACACUCGAAGAAGAUGAAGAGCCUGAAGGCACCACUGGUGAACCUGAAGUUUCUACCAACGUAAACCUGCCAUCCAAGCCCGUAGGAACAAGGAAACGAAAGAAACUAGAUGAGGUUGAGGUGAAAAUGCUCAAAGCUCUGGAACAUAAAACAAUAUGCAGUAGAAUGUCCUUGCUGAAGGAGGUUUUUCAAAUGAGGCAUUAA